AUGCAGUGGAACUUUUCAUUUAAAGGCUCAAAAAAUGAGCUUACCUUGCAACCUGGCAGAUAUUUACUUGAAUGCUGGGGAGCCCAAGGAGGUGGCAAGGAUGUUAGUGCAUUAGCUGGCUUAGGAGCCGGUGGGAAAGGUGGAUAUUCCUCUGGAACCAUUUUUCUUCAAAAAUCGACUCCAAUUUUUGUUUAUGUCGGUGGUACCGGUAAAGUUAUUGCAGAUGGCAUUGCUGAAGGUGGCUUUAAUGGCGGUGGAAGUGCUUGGGGCAAAGCAUCUAGCGUAGAUCCAGCAGGCGGAGGUGGUGGAGCGACAGAUAUCCGACUUAACAUCGACGACCUCUAUUCGCGAGUCAUUGUAGCUGGCGGUGGAGGUGGUGGCGGUGAAGAUAGUGAAAUAGGUGGAUUUGGCGGUGGCUUGGAAGGCGGAAGGAAUUCUAAUAAUUGGGUUUCAUAUCCAGGCGCUCAAAAUUCAUCGUCACAUGGAGCUGCAUUUGGACACGGAGCUCACACUCCCUGCAAUGGCGGAGGUGCGGUGGUGGUUGGUAUGGAGGCGGUGUUAAUUAUGGCCAAGAAACUCCUGCUAGCUCUACUAAUGGCGAUGAUACAGAUGGAGGUUCAGGUGGAAGCGGUUAUGUUUACACCAGAGAAACAUCGAAAUAUUAUCCAACAGGAUGCAAACUAA